AUGGAGCAAAAAGAUGCUGCUGAUAAAACAGACAAUACCUCUCCAGUCUUGGUGUCAGUUCCCUCUAUUCAAGCUUGGGUUCAUGAUUUCCAUCCCAGCUAUUCCGCUCAGACUGGAGGCAGUGUGGUCGCUCCUUCCAUCAUCGGCUCUACAGUUGAAGGCAACAUAAACAUCAAUAUCAUCUCAAUUGCCCAAGAAGAAGCAUUAAACCAUGACAUUGAAGACAUCUGUGUGGCUCUACAGCCACAAAAUAAUAAGAUUGCAGGAUGUCAAAAGAAACUAAAAGGUACUCUAAAGAGGAGGUUUGGCCUUUUGCAUCAAGGGAUGGCAAAAGAAGCAAAAAAAAUACCUCUCUAUAAGAUCUACACAGAGCUCUACAUCAACGAGGGAGGAAGUGGUGAAGUCAAUAAAGAGCAUGAGGUGAGACAGAUCGAGAUGACAUCCAGGAUGCAGGUGGCCCAGGAGAAAUCAAUCAGUUGCAACGACCUCUUUGCUCUACAGGAACAAAACCACCCGAUAAGAACUGUGAUCACAAGAGGAGUCGCUGGCAUCGGAAAAACCGUAUCUACCAAUAAAUUUACUCUAGACUGGGCUGAGGAGAGAGCAAACACACACCUGGAAUUUGUAUUUCCCUUCUGUUUCCGAGAGCUGAACCCGAUGAUAAAGGAAACCCGCAGUCUAGUGGAGCUUGUCUGUGCCUUUUUCCCUGAAACAAAAGACACAGGAAUCUUUACCAAUGGUGGAAACAAAAUGCUCUUCAUCCUGGAUGGUCUGGACGAGAGCCGUCUGUCUUUGGACUUCCACAACAGUGAGAUAAUGCCUGAUGUGACACAGCGAACCACCAUAGCUGUGCUUUUGACCAACCUCAUCAGGGGAUCACUGCUUCCUUUGGCGCUUGUUUGGAUAACAUCCCGCCCAGCAGCUUCCAUUCAGAUCCCUCUGGAGCACAUUGAUAUUGUGACGGAAGUCCGAGGGUUCAACAACCCCCAGAAAGACGAGUACUUCAAGAAGAAAAUUAGUGAUGAGGGCUUAGCAAACAGAGUAAUCACACAUGUGAAAUCCUGCAGGAGUCUCCACAUCAUGUGCCACAUACCAGUCUUCUGUUACAUGGCAGCAACUGUUCUUGAGAAGAAGUUGGUGAAGGCAGACAGCAAAGACUCACCAAAGACUCUUACUCAAAUGUACAUCCACUUCUUGUCCUUGUAUGAGGACAGCACGAAGAAGAGCCUGCCUGAAAGAAGAGAGUCAAACGCUGACUACAUGAGAGAUAACCUCAUCUCUUUGGGUAAACUGGCCUUUAAAGAGCUGGAGAAAGGCCACCUGAUCUUCUAUGAGAGUGACCUUAAGCGAAACGGUAUAGAUGUCACACGGGCAUCGAUGUUCUCAGGGGUCUACACACAGAUCUUCAAUGAGGAGCUGACACUGUGCGAGGAGAAGAUGUUCUGCUUUGUGCAUCUGAGCGUCCAGGAGUUCUUUGCUGCGUUGUAUGUUUUUCUCGCAUUCAACAAUGACAACAUGAACGUCUUAGUCAAGAAGUCAUCCGUGUCAAGACGUUUCCCAUUCAGAAAUUCAUCAGAGCUCAUUCUCUACAAAGAAGCAGUGGAAAAGGCUUUGCGGUGCGAGAAUGGACAUUUUGACAUCUUCCUGCGCUUUCUUUUGGGCCUGUCUCUGGAGUCCAAUCAGAGUCUGUUGAAACAUCUAAUGACCAACAACAGAACAAACCCAAAGACAAGAACAGAGAUCAUCAAACACAUCAAGGAGAAGAUCAAGUCAAGCACGUCCCCGGACAGAUGCCUCAAUCUGUUUCACUGCCUGAAUGAGCUGAACGACCACUCUCUGGUGGAGGAGAUUCAGAGCUUUCUCAGCUCAGGAAGUCUGAACAGAGACAAACUCUCAUCUUCCCAGUGGGCCACUCUGGUGUUUGUGUUACUGACUUCAGAGGAGGAGUUGAGUGUGUUUGAACUGAGCAACUACACCAGGUCAGAGGAAGCUCUCCGGAGGCUGCUGCCUGUCAUGAAAACAGCCAGAGUAGCAAAUCUAAAUGCAUGUUACCUCACUGCGAAGUGCUGUGACAUGUUGGGCAACGGCAUCAGCUCAUCCAGAGUUAGAGAGCUGGACCUGAGUAAUAACAACCUGACAGAUGCAGGACUGAAGCAGCUCUCUAGUGGACUGAAGAACAGCAAACUACACACAUUCAGACUGAAGAGCUGCAACCUAACAGUGGACAGCUCUGAAGUCCUGGUCUCAGUUAUCAGCUCAGCCUCCUGCCAACUGAAAGAGCUGGACCUCACUGACAAUGACUUUCUGGACGUUGGAGUCAAAAAGCUCUCUGGUGGAUUGGGGAGUCCUCACUGUAAACUGGAAAAACUCAUUCUGUCCCUGUGCAGAGUGACAGAAGAAGGCUGCAUUUUUCUGGGAUCUGCUCUAAACUCCUCCCGUCUGAGAGAGCUCGACCUGAGCUACAACCACCCAGGUGACGCAGGCCUGGAGCUGCUGUCUGCCCUGCUGGAUGACCCACAAUGCAGUCUUGAGAAACUCAGUGUCGAACAAUGUGGUGAAUCUAGAAUUCAGCCAGGUCCCAAGAAAUACACCAGUCAACUCACCCUGGACCCAAACACAGCUCACAUAGACCUCGCUCUGGCCGAAGAGAACAGAAAAGCAACACGCUGGACCAAGCAGUCAUAUCCAGAUCACCCUGACAGGUUCGAUUUCUCGAGACAGGUGUUGUGCAGGGAGGGUCUGACAGGACGCUGCUACUGGGAGACGGAGUGGAGCGGGAGAGCUUUAAUAGGUGUGGCCUACAGACGAAUGUGCAGGAAGGGAGAGGGUGAUGAAUGCAGGUUAGGCCGAAAUGACUCUUCCUGGGGCCUGAACUGCAACAAGGAUGGUUACAGAGCUUUUCACAAAGGUGUAAGCGUUGCCAUGAACAUCCCAUCCAGCUCCAAUAAGGUGGGAGUCUAUCUGGACUGGUCAGCAGGGGCCGUGUCCUUCUUCAGGGUCUCUUGUGGUGCACUGACUCUCCUCCACACCUUCCAAACCACCUUCACCGAGCCUGUGUACCCGGGGUUUCAUCUUGGCUGGGUGGACUCCACAGUGUACCUGUGCUAAAUAUGAUCUUCAGUGGACCUUCAUUUUGACCCUACUUACACUUAAGACUUGUCACACGAUGCUAUAUUUUCUUUCCUCUACUGCAUUUGAGCCUGAAACUUCAUUCAAGGGUCAGUUUAUCCAAAUUACAAAAUAACCCACAAUUUUUUUCAUCUAUAUUAGUGUUUAGCCACGUUUUAGGUUUAUUUGAUCAGAUUUUGUGGUAUCAGUCCACCCCAAUACUGGAGCCAGAGCAAUACUCUGACAACGUUAAGUCUGCAACCAAAACGUUUUUAUAUUAUUAUUGAUUAAUGUGCUGAGUAUUUUCUUGAGAAAUUGAUUGUUCGUUUAGUCUUUUUUUUUUUUUUUGAGUUCAAGGUGACAUCUUUAAAUGUCUUUUUUUGUCCAACCAACAGUCCAAAAUAUUCAAUCUACAGUGAUAGAGGAUAUAAAAAGUAAAAAAAUAAAAAAUAAAAAAAAUAAAAAAAAGUUUGAGAAGCUGAAACCAGAGAUUGAUUGACAUUUUUGCUUAAUUUAUUAAAUUGUCAAAAAUAGUUGAUACAUUUUCUUAGUAAUAGAGUAAUUGUUUCAGCUUUACAAAACACACACAACAUUUUUUGGAUCCUUUAAAUUUGACUUUUUUGUUUGUGUGUUUGUUUGUUUUAAUAAUUUUGACCAAGAUCUGUUCUGCACAAGAUAUCUUACAGUGCACAAACUAUGUAAUAGCAACACUCAGGUAUCUAAAUGAUCUCAUAUAUACUUUUUUUUGUUGCUUAUCACAGACAUGGUCAAUAUAUAGUUCUUGCUGAAAUUCUGUACAAAGGAGGUUAGUGGAAAUUAAUUGUGGGGCUCAGCAUUAAAAGCAACAUUUCCUUUUAGCACUCUAGCUGUUGUUUUAGGGACUAUUUCUUCAAUAGAAAAAUAAGUUAUAAUGGAAAAGUACAUUCCUUUGAAUUUGUGUACAUCAGUCCCAUGUGAUCAGAAUGUGGCCAACUGACAUCCUUUCCAUUUUUUCUCAAUAAAUUAUUAGGUGCAAUACCAAAUCAUGUUUAAAAGAAUCAAGUUGAUUCAACAUAAUCAACUUUUUUUUUUUUUUACAGAUACCACAAAACCAUUUACAGUGUAGUAUUAAAGUAACUGAAUCAUUUCGAGGAUGCCUGAUCUUCAAAUAUAACUCUUAUUUAUUAAAGCUAAUAUUGUACAAAGGUAUUAUGUAACUUGCAAGCAAUGUCAUUACAUCUAUACAAACCAAGACAAGUCCGUAGUUUAAGCCUAGCAUUUCCCAUUUUGUCAUAUUGGACAAAUGAAACCACAUCUAUCUGUGUGACUAGUUAGCACUUAGCAGAAGUGAGAUUUUAUUUUAUUUUUUUAACUAAAGGAAAAACUAUGAAGUGAUCUAAACAGUAUUUGUACAGCAAUAUGAUGAAUGUAUUUUGAUUUUUUUUUAAAAAGUUUUGUCAUUUGUAAUAAAGUUUUCACUAUCACAAUCACAAAAAUAAAACUUGGACGGGAGAAGCACGAUUUUGAGUUUCACUUUUAACAAUCAUUUUAUUAGCAGUCCCAAGAGGCAAUGAAAAAAAAAAUCGAAGAAAAAAAAAAACGGAACAAAUUAAGAUUACAGUCAAGACGGUGGUUCAAUCAAAGUCAGUGAACAUAAAGACGGAACAGAGGGCUACACACACACCAAACAAACACAAAAGUCACAUUGUUAAAAAAGGAACAGAAAGUGAUAAAUGAAGAAGACUGAAUUGAAUCUCAUGGUUAGUGUGUGUGUGCGUGUGCGUGUGUUGGCUGAUCCCUCUGUUCCUCAAGAGAAAUUCACCAGGACCUACCUCACAUUCACACAAACUCACACACUCUCUCUCUCACACACACACACACUCACAUAUCAAAAAGCCAGUCAAGGCGUCUUUCCCUCUUCAGUAAAAGCCAUGAUUUUAUAUUUAGGCUAUUUGUGACAGAGAAACCAACCAGCAACAAACCACAGCUGCUCAGGCAUGUCUUUAAAAUUGUUAUUUUCUAUUAAUGCUGUACAAGAUUAUAUAUUUUUUUAUUUACACACUGAACGAUUUAAGUGAUGUCUAUUUGUCUGCUGUUAUUCUGUGCUCAUUUCUGUCUGCUGCAAAUUGCUUCUUAUACAAUUUUGAACAUCAAUAUAAAGUCUGCAGCACUUCACUUCAGCAUCAGACAAUCAUUUCUCAUCACUGUGAUGCUGGCAUCAAAACUUCACAUGCCUCCUUGACUUUUUUUUAUUUUUUAUUUUAUUAGUCUUUUUAUUUAUUUCACAGUGCUGCAUAGACUUUUGACGAAUGAGAGCUUCCCCUCAAAACAGAAUCACGCCAGCAAUUUAAAAAUGCACAAACAGCUCAUCGUUGCCAUAUGAGCCAGAUGUUCACAUUGACAAAGAACUGAAGCUGAUUUAAAAAAAUCUGGAUCAGGCUAAUUACUGUAAUGAUAGUUAUCAGCCCCAGAAAUCAUGUGCACCUUUAUUUAUUUUUUUUGGACUUUGAAAACAGAUUUUUGACUUCCAAGAUAUUUCUUAAAUGCUUGAUGCAGAUAAAAUAUGGUCACCAGAUGCCCCCCGCCCUUUGAGCUGUAAUCUUUUUUACUGAUGCUUGCACCUGGAGACACACCAGGAAAUAAAAGACUAGUCCUCUCACAUCUGGAAAACAAAAAACGCGCACACGCGCACAAACACAGAUUAAGGAUGAUUGGAGCAGCAUGGGGAGAAGGGAGAAGGGUACUAAGGCCAUGAUUAAAGGGGAGAAGAGACAGAAAAACAGCAUUUAUUUAUUUAAUUCCAUUUAUGUCUUGGUAUGUAGAUGUCCUUCACUCUAUUGGGAUUCAAUCAUAUAAAAGAGUUUGCUAUCAGAGGGUCAAUUUAUGCACCCAAAACAGCCUUUCAGUGCUAGUAAUACAGACAGUACACCGACUACAGUCAACAUCAGCCGUCUCACUCAUUCACUCACUUACUCUGUUGCAUACAUAAUUGUUCACUUGUGUGUAUAUAUAUACAUUACCCUCCCUCGUCAGUUAUUUUUCUCCUGCUAUGUUGGAGCAGUAGAUUUGAGGCAGAGUAAAGCUCUAUUAACAUCAGAUUCUCUCUCACACACAUACACGCACACACACUCGCUCUAUCACACACACACACAAUCACACACACACACAACGAGAUCUGCCAGCUUGUCUCUGGUGCUGAGCUGACAGACAGC